GUGUGAGACAGGUGAGCGGAGCAAGUUGGAAAAGAAAACGAGAGAGAAACGUCACUUCAAGAAGGGUUUGUUUAUGUUUACUUUUGCUUGAAGCCGGCAGUCAAUGUUUUUUAUUAGAAAAUAUUAAAUUUUAGCGAAAAUAUUGUAAUAAAGUUUGUUUCAACACAUAUAUUCCAACAUUUUUGCAACAAUGAAGCUCUACGCUUUGAGUGGAGACCCAGCCAAGCCGUGCUACGUGUUGAGCAUUUCCGACCUGCUGAUUAUGCUCGAUUGUGGUCUAUCGGUCAGUUCGGUGCUAAACUUUUUACCGCUUCCACUGGUUCAGAGUGCCAAGUUUCAAUCGUUACUCAGUUGGAACUGUCGGGAUCCGGAAAUUCAACUGGAGGACGGGGAAAUCAAGGAAUGUUGCGGUUGCUCAUUUGUUAAUUCAGCGCCCGAGUUUAUCCCGCCUCUGGACAAGGUGAUCAAUUUCUCUGAGAUUGACGUUAUUCUGAUUUCGAACUAUACCAACAUGAUGGCACUGCCGUUCAUCACGGAAGGAACGGGUUUCACUGGCACAGUGUAUGCCACGGAACCGACUCUGCAAAUUGGACGGUUCUUCCUAGAAGAGCUGGUGGAAUACAUCGAAGCAUCACCCAAGGAAAAUACCGCAAGAGUUUGGAAGGAUAUCCAACAUUUGCUUCCGCCGCCUCUAAACGAUGUGUUCAAACCGAAAAAUUGGCGCCACCUGUUCAGCAUGGAUGCCGUGAACAAAAGCCUGGCUCGUGUGCAAAUGACUGGAUAUGACCAGAAGUUGGACAUCUUUGGAGCGCUUCAGGUUACUCCGGUAAGUUCGGGAUUUUGUCUUGGUUCGAGCAACUGGAUCAUCAAUUCUGGGCAGGAAAAAAUCUCCUACAUUAGCGGGUCGUCUACGUUGACUACGCAUCCACGGCCGAUCAACCAAUCGGCGCUGAAAUACUCGGAUGUGGUAAUUAUGACCGGGCUGACCCAGGCUCCGCACGUUAAUCCGGAUGGUAUGCUUGGUGAGCUGUGCAUGAAUGUGGUUAUGACUUUGCGAAAUGGUGGAUCGGUUCUCAUUCCUUGCUAUCCUUCGGGAGUGGUGUAUGAUCUUUUCGAAUGCUUAUCCUCGAGUUUGGAUAAUCAAGGAUUCUCGCAGAUUCCGAUGUUCUUUAUUUCACCGGUAGCAGAUAGCUCGUUAGCUUAUUCCAACAUUCUGGCGGAAUGGCUUUCUACGUCAAAGCAAAAUAAGGUUUACAUUCCGGACGAGCCAUUCCCUCAUGGAAGUUUGGUUAAAAAUGCCAAAUUGAAGCAUUUCAAACACAUCUAUUCGGAGGGAUUCAGCACUGAAUUCCGUCAACCUUGCGUCGUGUUUUGCGGCCAUCCCAGUCUACGUUUUGGAGACGCAGUCCAUUUUGUAGAACUAUGGGGCUCCAACCCGCAGCACACAAUCAUCUUCACGGAACCAGAUUUCCCAUACCUUCAGGCCCUGGCACCAUACCAACCCUUGGCUAUCAAAACCGUUUAUUGCCCAAUAGAAACAUCCCUCAACUUCCAACAAGCCAACAAGCUAAUCAAGGAACUGAAGCCAGGUGUCUUGGUUAUCCCAGAGAAUUACACUCAACCGCCGCCCAUCGCUCCUCACAAAACAGAUCUAGUGAUUGACCAAACACCAGACAAGAUGAUCAUCAAAUUCAAACGUGGAGAAGUGAUCAAACUUCCGCUAAAACGGAAACGAUCCCGUAUCUACCUGGACCCGCAGAUCGCUCGUUCGUUGGUGCCACACGAAGUCCAGCCCGGCGUGACCAUUUCCUCAGUAACCGGCGUACUCCACGUCAAGGACAACAUUCACGAUUUACACCCACUGGAGCCCACUCCCGAAGAGCUGGAGGAGCAGAAAUCAGCCAAAACGGCAAAACUUCAACCCCCGUCGCACAAUCGCUAUCGAAACGUGAAAUACGAAUGGGGAUCGCUGGACGUGAAUCUGUUUCUGAAAAAGCUUGCCCAGGAUGGCAUCACGGAUAUCAAGGUGGAACAGGGCGGAGUGGACGAGAUCACGUUGCACCUGGCCAGUGAGGAUACGAUGAUCAAGGUAAGCGAAAAGAACACCAGUAUCGUUUGCGGCGGGAAGCAGAGUUUGCGACUGAAGCUGAGGGAUUUGUUGCUGCAAUGCGUGCAAAACUUUUAAGAUGAAUAUUAAUGAAAAAUAAAUAAUAAAUUAUGCAAAAAAGGGCAAA